CGAAAAAGAGAAUGGCAGGUACAGAAAUUUGCAAUACACUGUCGUAGCCAUCGUGGGUCCUCAAGCAAGCGGUAAAUCCACGCUUUUGAACGCCUUGUACGGAACCCGUUUCCCAGUCCUGGAGGUAGGGAACGUGGGAGUCGGGCGCCGGACCACGCAGGGUGUCUGGGUAGACAUGGGCGUCAGUGAUGGGGCUCGGGGGAUGGACAGUAGGAACAGGACUGGGGCGGAAGAAGAGGAGGAGGGAGGCGUCGGACGAGCGCGCGUGGGGAGGGGACGAAUCCCGGUGGUGGUGAUGGAUACGGAGGGUCUGGAGAGCGUCUCCCGGGGCCCUGGGAGCCACCUGUUCGAUAGGCAGCUCUCCACGCUGGCCGUCACAACCGCGGAUGUGAUCUUGUUAAAUGCCUGGGCGCGAGACAUGAGGGGGGGUCGAUGGGGGAGCGAC